UGCUGCAAAAUGGCAAGGCGCCGUGUGUGGAAGAUGCCCAGCCGCAAGUUCGCUGAUGGCGAGGUGGUGAUGGGCCGCUGGCCGGGCAGCGUCCUGUACUACGAGGUGCAGGUGACCAGCUACGAUGAUGUGGCUCAUCUCUACACUGUCAAGUACAAGGAUGGAACUGAGCUUGCACUCAAGGAAAGUGACAUAAGGUCGCAGUCAUCGUUCAAGCACAGGAAGAGCCAGUCCUCCUCCAGCUCUCCCUCCCGCAGGAGCAGCAGCCGCUCCCGAUCCCGCUCGCGCUCUCCCGGCCGGCCGGCCAAGGGCAGGCGUCGCUCUGCUUCCCAGAGCAGGGAGCACAAGGAGGACAAAAAGAAACCCAGCCAGGAGCCCAGCAUAGCUCUGCCGAAACCGAGUGAGAAUAACACCAAAAGGUACAAUGGUGAGCCUGAAAGUACAGAGAAAAAUGCCACAUCCUGCAUUGUCUUGGAGCAAAAGUUAAAACCAGACCUGGAAAUCAAGCGCGUGCUCGAGCAGUACAGCUUGCGUUCGAGGAAGGAUGACAAGAAAAAAGAAGAGAUUUAUUCAGAGAAAAAAACUUUUGUGGCUGUGAAACCAAUUGAGAAAGUAUCAACAAAAACAAAGGAGAUGGAGUUUGGGGGAAGGAUUGGGACCUUCAUGCUGAUGUUAGUCCUGCCUGCUACUGUAUUCUACCUGCUGUUGAUGUGCAAACAAGAUGAUCCAAGUCUUCUGAACCUCCCUCCUCUGCCAGCACUUGAGAGUCUUUGGGAUUGGAGGGCGUUUGGUGUCAUUCUCCUGUGGUUUUUCCUUCAAGCUGCAUUUUACUUGCUGCCAAUUGGAAAGGUUGUAGAAGGCCUGCCUCUUGCCAGUGGAAGGAGACUGCAGUACCGGAUAAAUGGGUUUUAUGCUUUUAUUUUGACUGCUGCAGCCAUUGGAGCUUUGUUGUACUUUGGAUUUGAGCUCCAUUAUUUGUACGAUGAGCUGGUGCAGUUUGCAGUGGCAGCCGCCGCCUUUGCUCUGGCGCUGAGCGUUUACCUGUACGUGCGGUCCCUGAGGGCGCCUGAGGAGGAGCUGGCACCAGGUGGAAAUUCUGGGUAUUUUAUUUAUGACUUUUUUACUGGACAUGAACUAAACCCUCGUAUUGGCAGCUUUGACCUCAAAUACUUCUGUGAGUUGCGUCCAGGAUUAAUUGGCUGGGUUGUUAUAAACUUGGCAAUGCUCUUGGCUGAGAUGAAGAUCCACAAUCUCAGUGUGCCAUCCCUGUCCAUGAUUCUCGUGAACAGCUUCCAGCUCCUCUAUGUGGUGGAUGCUCUUUGGAAUGAGGAAGCUGUUUUGACUACAAUGGACAUUACCCAUGAUGGAUUUGGAUUCAUGCUGGCCUUUGGAGAUCUGGUGUGGGUUCCAUUUGUCUACAGCCUGCAGGCCUUCUACUUAGUGGGUCACCCCACCACAAUUUCUUGGCCUGUUGCUGCUGCAAUUACUGUUCUGAACUGUAUUGGGUAUUACAUCUUCCGCAGCGCAAAUUCUCAGAAGAACAAUUUCCGACGGAAUCCAGCAGACCCCAAACUGGCCAAUCUGAAGUUUAUACCCACUGCAACUGGCAAAGGGCUCCUUGUCACGGGCUGGUGGGGUUUUGUUCGUCACCCCAACUACCUCGGUGACAUCAUCAUGGCUCUGGCGUGGUCCCUACCCUGUGGUUUCAAUCACAUCCUGCCCUAUUUCUACGUGAUCUAUUUCAUCUGCUUGCUGGUGCACCGGGAGGCGCGUGACGAGCACCACUGCAAGCAGAAGUACGGGCUGGCGUGGGAGCGCUACUGCCAGCGCGUGCCCUACCGCAUCUUCCCCUACAUCUACUAGAGCACUCCGGGCCUGCUGGGCACAGCCCUGCCACACCUGCAUCCCUUGCAGAGACAGAUACCUCCUCCCUUUGCACCUGGGCAGUUGGUAUUUAGGCUUGUAAAGAAAACAAAACAAAACCCCACCAAAUGUUGGAGUGCGUCGAAGGUGUUGCUUACAGUAACUUCGAGGUGUGAGUUAUGUGAACUGUCUGUGACUUCAAUUUUUAAAAAAAAAAAAUUGUGAAUUUUCAAAACUCUUCGAGCCCUAAUUUUUCAAGCUAAAUUUUAUCUAGAAUUCUGAGUUUACAUUUUUUUAUUGCAUUUAAUUAAGCACUGUGAUGUAAAGUAUAUUAUUUUCUUAAUACAAUAAAUGCUGAAAUUCCAUCCAGUUCAUUUUUUGGUGUUACUCGUACCAUCUAACUUCAGAUGUCCAAUUUAGUUGCCUGAAUUGGAGGAGCAGCAGGGUCUUUUUGGUCAGUGAGCUGGAAGCAGAGGAUGUGAGGGGCCUGCAGCCCCCUGACCAGAGCUGGCACAGCUCAGCUUUACAUGGUUGUUCCUCUCCUGGCUUUUCAUUGAUGGCAUUUUUUUGGUCAGAGAGGCUCAGCCCCUCCUGCCCUGCACCUGUGAGAGAAUGAAGAGAUGGGGCUGGGAGCAGGGGCAGAGCUGUUGCUGAGGCAGUGCCAGGGCAGCUCUGAGCCCGCCUGGCAGUGCCCCUGGCCUGGAGGGGGAGCCUGAAGGGAGAUGAAACUGCUCAGAGCCUUUCUGUGGCUGUGGGAGGGAGUAACAAACCCUCAGCUUGAACAUGGGGUAAAAAGCGUGCAGUGGCCGCCUGUUGGGCACAAAAGGAUAAAAUGACCACAGCUGGCUCCUUCUGAGCUUUGUAAAUUAAGUCUUAAUGUACCAUAGUGUUUACCAAGUGUGUAUAAUAAAAUCCUCCACGUUUUUGCUGUACAGUGUUUGGGUUUGAAAAAUGCAAUAGCUUUUUUAGAAACAGGAGAAAUCGGGAACUAAAUCAAUUUCCAGAAAUUUUUAAAAAGUUAAUUGAAUAAAAGGUUUUGUAAAUUAAUGUAGUUAAUUCUUGAAACAAUUGAAGUGUUCAUUUAAAUAUUUGUAUUGACAGAUACGCUAUGAAAAUAUAGGAAAUGCUCCUCAAUCCAAAGUUGUUUUUUUGGUUUCUUUUUGUUUUUAAUUUGGCAUUGCUACCUCAUAUGUAGGUGUUGCCUUUUGUACUGUUGCAGAUAGAGAAAUAGCUAUUUUUUUGCUAUUGCUAUUUAAAACAACAUUUUUUUACAUGAGCCUGUGGUUAAACUCAACCACUUUCUAAUAUAUUUUUGUAUAUAUUUGACUUUUUAACUAAUGUAUGUGUUCUGGUUACUAGCUGUGUUCUUUGUCUAACUGGCUGUAAAUGAUAUGCCCUUGUGGUAUUUACUUCAUAAGUAGAAUGAUUUUACUGAAAUACUCUUGCUUUGUUAAUUAAUUAGCUUUUAUUCUGUUGUCACAAGUAAGAGCUUUUCACACACUUUGUACAUGAGGUUUAUAGCACAAAUUGCCCUAAAAAGCUUAGUAGAAUAUUAAAUGAAGUGCAGAUACUGCACUUGCUUGCAGGAGUGUUCCUAAUAAAUUGGAAUGUUAUUUAUCAAUUUUUUCAGUUAUUUUAAAAUGUUGAUGUAAUUGAAAUCUAGCAUGUGAUUUUUAAAAAAAAAAAUAAAAUAACCUAUUUUGUACACGGGCAUUUUUUAAAGAUAAUUGUACAAUUGAAGUGUAUAUCAUGUAGCUUGAUUGUUGGUGUUGUAAGGAAACUGUUUGAAGACAAGUCCUUUGAUUGCUGGCAGCAAAUAGCAGUGCCUCGAACAAGACUCGAGAGAGUUCCCUCCUGUGCAGCAGCAGAUGAAACUGGGAUUUGCUGUUCCAGUCCUUGCUGGGGGAAUUCUGGGCAAUGGAGAAAUCAUUCAAGAGCCCUGGAGUGCAGCUGGGUUUCAAUGUGCUGAAGGAGGGGGCACUGAUUGCUGAGCCCUGGAGCAGGAGCUGCUCCUGCUGCGUUCCCAGUUUUAUCUGCUGCCCCCAGGGUUGCUCCGCUGUCCCUCAGAGCCCUUGUCUUUCAGGACCUGGUCCUGACCAAUGGCAGCUUCCUUUACAUGCUGAAUUUUAUGUGAAUUUGAUUUUGAAGUAACUGUUUUUAAUACAAACGAGCCCAUGAGCUAAAAUAAAGGUUUUGCUUAA